CAUAUAUUGUUCAUCUUUUUCAUAAUUAGUCUUUGUUGAUAUCAAUUAUUCACAAUAUAGCAAUCUUAAAAAGUUAUAUUUUCAUGCAUAUUUUCUAACCGUUUUUUUGUGUGAUUUCAGAGUUUUUGAUAACUGAAUCAAAAAAUGGCACUAGCACCAAUCCCAAAAGUUGUUCUAGGCUCAAUAGCCUUUGCAAUUUUCUGGAUAUUAGCAGUUUUUCCAGCAGUUCCUUUUCUACCAAUUGGUAGAACAGCAGGUUCCCUUCUAGGUGCAAUGCUUAUGGUAAUCUUCAGAGUCAUAACUCCAGACGAAGCGUACGCCGCGAUCGAUCUUCCGAUUCUCGGCCUUCUUUUCGGCACAAUGGUUGUCAGUGUUUAUCUUGAAAGAGCAGACAUGUUCAAAUACAUAGGAAAAUUACUCUCUUGGAAAAGUAAAGGUCCAAAGGAUUUACUUUGUAGAAUCUGUUUGAUUUCGGCUUUUUCGAGUGCACUCUUCACAAAUGAUACUUCAUGUGUUGUUCUGACUGAAUUUGUAUUGAAAAUUGCUAAACAGCAUAAUUUGCCACCACAGCCUUUCUUGCUUGCUCUUGCUUCUAGUGCUAACAUUGGUUCUUCGGCUACGCCGAUCGGGAACCCUCAGAAUCUUGUUAUAGCGGUUGAGAGUAAGAUUUCUUUUGGGAAGUUUUUGUCUGGUGUUCUUCCGGCUAUGCUUAUAGGAGUGGUUGUGAAUGCGGUGAUUCUUAUCGCGAUGAAUUGGAAAUUGUUAUCGGUUCGUAAAGAUGUUGAGGAUCCUAUUGCUGAAGUUGCUGCUGAAGAAGAGGUUAAUUCUCAUCAGUUUUCGCCUGCUACAAUGUCGCAUUAUUCAUCAUCACAAAAUUCUCAAGAGUUGAAUGGUGGUUACUUAGCCGAAUCUUCUAUUCAGAAUCUACGAAACCGAGUUAUUUCUAGUGAGAGUGAAAUUCAUAGGGUAAUCGAUUCUGCUCGAAACUCAAAUGCAUCAAAGGAAGGGACUGUUAAUGAUUUGACAUCUCUAACAAAGGAAGAAACUAGUCCUUCGAAAACUGUUGUCGAAAUCGAUAGAACAACGGAAGGACGUGUUUUGGUGGCUUCGGAAGGAAAGGACUAUUUAAGCGCCGAGUGGAAACGUAUAAUGUGGAAAUCUUGUGUUUAUAUGAUCACAUUAGGAAUGUUGAUUGCAAUGCUUCUUGGUUUGAAUAUGUCUUGGACUGCGAUUACGGCUGCGUUAGCUUUGGUUGUUCUUGAUUUCAAAGAUGCUAGGCCGAGUUUAGAGAAGGUUUCAUAUUCGCUUUUGAUUUUCUUCUGUGGAAUGUUUAUCACAGUAGAUGGAUUCAACAAAACUGGAAUUCCAAGUGCUUUAUGGGAGUUGAUGGAGCCUUAUUCGCAAGUCGAUCGUUCUAGUGGAAUAGCGAUACUUGCUCUAGUUAUACUUGUCCUAUCAAAUUUGGCUUCAAAUGUACCAACUGUUCUGUUGCUUGGAGCAAGAGUUGCAGCCUCAGCUGCAGCAAUUUCACCAGAAGAUGAGAAAAGGGCAUGGCUCAUAUUAGCUUGGGUCAGCACCGUAGCAGGGAACCUGUCACUAUUGGGAUCAGCUGCAAACUUGAUUGUAUGCGAACAAGCUCGGCGAGCUCCGAACAUUUCGUACACAUUAACCUUUUGGAGCCAUCUCAAAUUUGGCCUACCUUCAACUCUUAUAGUCACUGCUAUUGGUUUGACACUCAUUAGAUGAUAAGAAUUUGUUGAAUUUCAAAAGGGUCCUUAUGUUGAAAUUUACAUACAAGAAAAAUGGGUUUCUUGAUAUACAAGUUAAGGGGUAUAAGAGAAAAUGUAUACAUGUAAAUGAGUAGUGAAUUUUCUGUGUUUAUAGCAUUUGUGUCAAAUAAGUAAAUGUUUGUGAUGAUUCUGAGUGCCAAAACUUAUUUGGAUCA